AUGCUUCUUAUCACCGGCGCCGACCAAUACGUGGGAUUUUCUAUCGUCUCUCAUCUGGCACGCUACGAACAUUUGCGUCCUUUGACGCGUGUCUUGUGCCAAAACAAGGCACCCUGUCUUAACUUUGCCAACAAGGGUAUCGAUGUUCGCCAGGUUGAUUACUCUCACCCAAACCAUCUUUCGCUCGCUAUGAGAGGCGUGGACCACAUUAUCCUUGCGGUAGGAAACGAAAAGGAUCGAGUGGCCAACGCAAAACAUCUCUGCCAAAUUGCAGCUCAGUCGGGAGUAAAGUCUAUUAUCUGUAUUUCUCAUGUCGGUGCAGUAUCUGGUGUUCACGAAUCACUCCAACAUUACGCACUCAUUGAAGAAGAAGUCAUAAACUCUGAACUCCAGUGGACUAUUAUUAGACCAGACUGGAUUCAGCAAAACUUUCAUCUUUGGGCGGCACUUGUCGAAAAACACCGUCACUUGGCCUUACCAAUGGCAGAGAAUACCGAGAUUUGCCCGAUCGACAUUUCAGAUAUUUGUAAUGUAGUCGAGCAGCUUGUGCUCGACCCAAAGGAAAAGAGACUCGUAGACUCUCUGGACAAUGACCACAUUGAUCAGGUUUAUACUCUCACCGGUCCAGCUAUGAUCAAUGGCAAACAGCUGGCUGAUUCUCUAAGCGAGGCAACUGGUUAUGAUAAGAUGGUUUAUCGUCAUGUACGGCCAAUGGAUCUCAACUAUUAUCUAAACGAAUUGAGAAAGGAUAUCUGGUUCGAUGCCCGUCUCAAACAGGAGAGAGCACAGUUAUAUCGUGAUUCAUUUGAUAAUGACAGCUAUCGCUCCAAAGCAUUUGCCAUCCCUACAGCAACCCAAAUCCAAACCUUUGUUGAUUACUUUGACUGGGUGACCAAAACAGCAAGCAGCAUCUGUGUACCACACGCUCCUAUGAUUACCUCUAUGCCAUCUCGGUCCAUUGAUGACUUUUUCAAAGAGAAUGCCAACAGCUUUAAGCCAAGAGUCUAA